AUGGCCCUGGACGGCACGUGGGCCCCGCAGGCAGCAGUCAUGGGGGAUGGGCCUGACAAGAAAAAGGGCGAACAGGCCCCCGUGAACACCCAGGCCCUCCAGACGGCCUCCGUGAAGGAAGGCCCCGCCAAGAGGGCAGUAUGGGUCCGCCACACCUGUUCCGAGCCAGAAGAACCCACUCAGUCGGCAGAAGUCAAGGAGAAGCCCAAGGUAAAGGUGACCAAGGCUGUGGUCGUGGACCUUGGCACUGGCUACUGUAAAUGUGGCUUCGCCGGGCUGCCAAGGCCCAGCCACAAGAUCUCGUCAACCGUGGGCAAGCCCUACAUGGAGACCGCCAAAACGGGGGACAACCGCAAAGAGACAUUCGUGGGGCAGGAGCUCCUCAAUCCGGAGGUUCAUCUCAAGCUAAUCAACCCUCUGCGGCACGGCAUCAUCGUGGACUGGGAUUCUGUGCAGGCGAUCUGGGAAUAUCUCUUCCAGCAAGAGAUGAAGAUCGCCCCGGAGGAGCACGCGGUCUUGGUUUCGGACCCACCCCUGAGCCCGCACACCAACAGAGAGCGGUACGCUGAGAUGCUGUUUGAGACCUUCCACACGCCUGCGAUGCACAUCGCCUACCAGUCCCGCCUGUCCAUGUACUCCUACGGCAGGACCUCCGGCCUGGUCGUGGAGGUCGGCCACGGCGUGUCCUAUGUGGUCCCCAUCUACGAAGGCUAUCCUUUGCCCAGCAUCACGGGACGGCUGGACUAUGCGGGCUCUGACCUGACAGCCUACUUGAUGGACCUGAUGAACAAUCAUGGAAAGCACUUCACUGAGGACCAGGUGGGCAUCGUGGAGGACAUCAAGAAGACACGCUGCUUCGUGGCCCUGGACCCCAUCGAAGAGAAGAAAGUCCCAGCUACUGUGCACACCAUCCAGUACACUCUGCCAGACGGGCAGCAGAUCAGCCUGGGCCAGGAGAGGUUCCUCUGCUCGGAGAUGUUCUUUAAGCCGUCUCUGAUCAAGUCCAUGCAGCUGGGCCUCCACACCCAGACGGUGUCCUGCCUCAACAAGUGCGACAUCGCCCUCAAACGGGACCUCAUGGGGAACAUCCUGCUCUGCGGGGGCAGCACCAUGCUCAGUGGUUUCCCCAACCGUCUGCAGAAGGAGCUGAGCAACUUGUGCCCCAAUGACAACCCCCAGGUCAACGUGCUGCCUGGAAGAGACACUGCGGUGUGGACGGGUGGCUCCAUCCUGGCAUCGCUCCAGGGCUUCCAGGCACUGUGGGUCCACCGCUUUGAGUACGAGGAGCACGGGCCUUUCUUCCUCUACAGACGGUGCUUCUGA